UGUUUGCCCGCAGUUUGUGGCGAUUCCCGCAGCCCGGGGAUUUACCAAACAACACAGCCCACAAACAGCAGGGUAAACUCCAGGUAAAGCUGCACACAACACGCUGGGCAGUGACUCUAAACUGAGCAGACGAAUGCGUGCCUUGUGGCAUCAGUUUGGCGCUGGAGUGAGUUGCCUUGCUGUAAACGCCGAUUAACUUCAGGGGAAGAAUCUGUACAAGUUCUUCAAUCAUGGAGGAAGCUGCAGGGCGCCCUUGGAGCAGGCGCUUUGCCUGUCCCGCUUGUCUGGUGGUUUUCUGCAAUUUUGAGGAAAUGCACUUUCAUUCCAAGCUUUUUCACCAGCUUCAUCUAACUGGCAGCCAGGGGGAAACCGUUCCGAAGCAUCCAGGAGACCAACUUCCUAUUUUUGUGCCCGAAGAGUUAGUUUCCAGUUCACAUACUUUCAAGAAUAAGACUUUCAAAAAGCCAAAAACCUGCAGCAUCUGUAAACAACUCAUCAGCAGCAGCCAAGGCCUUUCAUGCAGAGUUUGCAAAUAUGCGUGUCACAAGAAAUGUGAGUCAAAGGUUGUGACACCGUGCUUGCCACCAGUCAACUAUGAGCUGCCUGAUAACUCGGAUACGUUUGUAAACCAUGUAACCAAUCCGACUUCGAGCAAUUUUCUGAAGAGCUCAUCAUUCAGUCACAAUAACUCAUCUCAGAGUGUGGAAUCGGGUCACAUUAUGGAGGAGGCUUAUGAACUUGAUCUGACUUACAUCACUGAACGCAUCAUUGCUGUGUCUUUCCCUGCUGGCUGUUCAGAAGAAACCUAUUUUCAUAAUCUACAGGAUGUAACACGAAUGCUGAAAUCCAAGCAUGGAGAUAAUUAUCUGGUAUUCAACCUUUCUGAAAGGAGAUAUGAUCUUGCUAAGCUUAACUCUAAGGUGAUGGAUGUAGGUUGGCCUGACCUCCAUGCGCCCCCGUUAGAUAAAAUGUGUACCAUAUGCAAAUCUAUGGAGACAUGGAUAAACAGUGAUCCACUUCACGUGGUGGUUAUCCAUUGCAGGGGAGGCAAAGGGAGGAUAGGAGUGGUUAUUUCAUCAUACAUGCACUUCACCAACAUUUCUGCAAGUGCUGAUCAAGCUCUUGACAGAUUUGCAAUGAAGAAAUUCUAUGAUGAUAAAGUAUCUGCGUUGAUGCAACCAUCGCAAAAACGGUAUGUCCAUUUUUUAAAUGGUUUGCUCUCUGGUUCAGUGAAAAUGAACACCACUCCCUUGUUUCUGCACUUUGUGAUUUUGCAUGGCAUUCCUAGCUUUGAUACCGGAGGAGUUUGUCGCCCGUUUCUCAAGAUUUACCAAGCAAUGCAACCGGUCUACACGUCAGGAAUCUAUAAUGUUGGGCCAGAAAAUCAAAGCAGAAUUUGCAUUUCGAUAGAGCCAGCCCAGCUGCUAAAAGGUGAUAUAAUGGUUAAAUGCUACCACAAGAAGUAUCGUUCUGCAACGAGGGAUGUUAUAUUCCGGCUUCAGUUCCACACAGGCUCUAUCCAAGGUUUUGGAUUUGUAUUUGGAAAGGAUGACCUUGACAAUGCAAAUAAAGAUGAUAGGUUUCCAGAAUAUGGGAAGAUUGAGCUUGUAUUCUCAGCCAGUCCAGAAAAAAUACAAGGUUCUGAGCACCUCCAAAAUGAUCAUGGUGUAACCGUGGAUUAUAACACGACUGAUCCUUUGAUCCGAUGGGAUUCCUAUGAGACUCUGACUGCUGACGGGGAAGUGUCACACACCCAAGGGCCAAUUGAUGGAAGUCUGUAUGCCAAGGUACGAAAGAAAAGCUCCUCUGAGGGAAAUAUCCCUAUUGGCGGUGCUCACGCAACUACAGGACCUGACCAAAUUGACCAUACUCUGUCAGUCAGUAGUGACUCUGGGAACUCUACAGCCUCCAUAAGAACAGACCGGACAGAGGAGCACUUGCCACCAGGUGUUAAGCGAGGCCUAAGCCUGCAAGAGAAGGCUGAGUUGGACAGGCUUUUAAGUGGAUUUGGGCUGGAGAAUUCUGUACAGUUGAAGGAUAUGACAGACACAAGAGUGAAGUACAGUGGAGUCCGUCAUAUUGUACCAGUUCAGGUUCAUGUGAAUGGUGAGCUGAAAGCCAAGGACAGGGAGACUGAUAUUUUAGAUGAUGAAAUGCCAAAUCAUGAUCUGCACAGUGUGGACAGCAUCGGGACUCUUUCCUCGUCAGAAGGUCAACCAUCAAACAAUCUGGGAAACUUCAGUUUUCACAAGAGCAGUCAGAACUCUUUGCUAUCGGACGGUUUUGGAAGCAACAUUGGAGAUGAUCUGCACAACACUGUCGUGCCUGACCUUGGAUUAGGCACAGAAACAGUGUAUGACAGAACAUUUAUUGGAAUUACUGAGGGAAAAAAUGCCUAUCAACGACCAAGAAACCCUUCAUUGUCAACACAACCACAGGGUUAUAACCAGAGCAAUUAUUCAACUCAAACCUGGGUGCGACAACAGCAAAUGGUUGCUGCCCAACAGUAUGUCUAUCCAGCAGAAAAUGACUUGAGGUUUGCAAUGGUGGGGACUGGUGAAGAUCAGAGCCGAACACAAACAGCAUUCAAACUUCCUGAUACACCUGCAAGAGGUUCUAGUAGCAGAGAUGCUGUACAGAGAGGGCUUAGUACAUUAUCGGGAGAUAGUAAGUUACAAGAUCAUAAAACCUCUGAAGCCUUGUUUGAAUGUGAAAAUCAAGGUCUCAAACCUUCUGAAGUUAAUCAGACUGCUGAAGGAGCAGAAUUGGGAUCAAAAAAGCAAGAUUUGUCUACUUCACCAACUUUGGAUAUUGAUCAGUCGAUUGAACAGCUCAAUAAACUGAUAAUGGAUCUGGAUCCUACAUUUGUCCCAAUUCCGACUCGUGUCAAUUCCACAAAUAAAGGUGCUGUUCUCAGCAAGGACACCAUCCGACCAGGAGAGGCCCAAGAACAAACCGAAAAACUUUCGAGAAGUGGCUGCCAACAAGGUGAUCAGGCGGAUGAAAGCCACUUAACAUUUGGAAGGACAAGGAAGUGGGAUAUUGGACAGUAUGACCAAGGUGAUGGUCGCCUGCUGUACGAUCAAAGUGGAUGGAUGAAAUCCUCUGGCCCUUGUCACUCUGAGCCUGCUGGAGUAUUCACUACAACUGGCCAGACAGGGGAGCUAAACACGUCAGGAUGUCGCGUUGGCCAGGAUGAGGUGGAUGGAAGAUUGUUAAGCUCUUCCUCUGGAAAUGAAGUUAUUUCUUCCACACCAUCGUUUCCUGUCUCGCCACCAACUCCUUAUGUGAAAGUUUUGAAGAAUUAUUCAGAAAUUUCUGUACAUGAUGCUGGGGAUCAGAACACCAAUGCUUUGGAUGGAUACAAAACAACUCCAGAAUCUCGAAGUUACAUGGAAGGCAUCAACCAUACAGUGGUGGGAUCAGACGGCACUGUGGUGACAAACCCUAUUCUGUAUAGCAGCGAUGGCCCAAUGGCUAAUUCAUCUUUCCAGCGAUCUUAUGGUGCAGCGUGCUCAGUCUCUAGUAGCAGUCAAGUCUCCCGGACAAACAGCACAUCUGCCUGGAUGGACAGUGCCCAGAAAGGAGUGCCACCAGUAAGUGGGGUCAACAGAUCAGCAGGAAGCUGUCUUGGUUCCUCAGAGCUUGGUGUUAACUCCAGAAAACCACCAAAAGAGGCCUCUGUCAUGUCGCAGUUUCCUUCUUUAGGAAUGCAAGUUAACUCUCCCAUCAACCACACUGUUCACAUGAGUAGUUCUGAGCGCCAAACUUCAAACCUACAACAGAACAGUGCAGGAGGAAGCCCUGCAAAGCAUCCUUUGCCUGCAGAUUCCAGUAACCAGGGUUACCUGCACUACAUUGUCAACAGUGGACCUCAGUAUGAUGGAGAACAAGCCAUGCUAUCCAGUCUUUCUACAGGAUCAAACAACCCUGCUUCAAACAUGAAUUCCCCAGCGACUGGUUUCUUGGGUAAUAGUAGUCUGCAAGAGGGAGUGCUUACAGCAGUUAGUGGCGAAGCACAAAGCAGUGCGACACUGAUCAAUGAUGUUUUGAGUCUGAAUGUGCAUCCUCCAUUACCAGAGAAGAAACGGAUUUCUGAGGGCGAUCAUUCAUUUACCUCCAUCUCACCAGCUUCAAGUGGUUUUUCCAGUCCCCACAGUGGAAGUACUAUUAGCAUUCCAUUCCCCAGUGUCCUUCCUGACUUUUCUAAAGUCGUAAAUACUUCUGUUGCACAAGAAACUGCUUUCUCAUCCGACAAACAUGUCACUGUCAAAUUUGUGCAAGACACGUCCAAAUUUUGGUAUAAACCCGAAAUAUCACGUGAACAAGCCAUUGCAAUACUAAAGGACAAAGAGCCUGGGUCGUUCAUUGUACGGGACAGCCACUCUUUCCGAGGUGCCUAUGGAUUGGCAAUGAAAGUUGCUACACCUCCUGCUUCGGUGCUACAGCAAAACAAGAAAGCUUUGGGAGACUUAUCGAAUGAGCUGGUCAGACAUUUCCUGAUUGAAUGUACCCAGAAAGGAGUACGAUUAAAGGGUUGCCCCAAUGAACCAUACUUUGGGAGUCUGACUGCCUUGGUUUAUCAACAUUCCAUCACACCACUGGCAUUGCCUUGCAAGUUACUCAUCCCUGACAGAGAUCCUUUAGAAGAUGGAAUAGAUGCUUCCACACAGGCUGCCACAAAUUCUGCUGCAGAAUUGUUGAAGCAAGGAGCAGCCUGUAAUGUGUGGUAUUUAAAUUCUGUGGAUAUGGAGUCUCUCACAGGCCGUUAUGCAAUCGAAAAAGCAACAUCAGAAACAUUGGGGCAGGCACCUUCUCUAGCCUCCACUGUUGUACAUUUUAAAGUAUCUGCCCAAGGCAUUACUCUGACUGACAAUCAAAGAAAAUUAUUCUUCAGAAGACAUUAUGCUGUCAACACAGUAAUUUUCUGUGCCUUGGACCCAGAAGAAAGAAAAUGGACAAAAGACAGCAUCUCAGCAAAAAUCUUUGGAUUUGUGGCAAGGAAACAAGGAAGUGCCACUGAUAAUGUGUGUCAUCUGUUUGCCGAACACGACCCUGAGCAACCUGCCAGUGCUAUUGUGAACUUUGUAUCAAAGGUCAUGAUUGGAUCACAAAAGAAGUAAAUUGAUUCUGAUGCUGCCAAACUCCACAUUCCGGAGGAUAUCCCUAUUUUUAAACAAAAUUCAAAGAUCAGAAAACUGCAGGACAACAAUAAUUUGGAACAACAAUAGGUCAUGUUUGGAAGGCUUGUGUACGUUGAAUGAUGGUGAGAGCAGGUUUGAUUUAUUUUACAGAGGAGCAGGGAUGCGAGUUUUAGAGAAUAACCGGUCUUAGAACAGACUGUCAGACUGUCUGGCUUUUGUGAUUACUCAUUAUCAUUUGGUCGUAUUUGUUGAGGUGAAGGGUCAAUGCUUAGUUUUAUUUUCUUACUGUCUUGAGCAGGAGGAAAUAAAGCAGGUUUAGAAAUAGACCAAUCAGGAAAAAUAAACACUCAUAAUUUAUAUUUAUUUGACUCAUUAUCCUGAAUAGAUGGCAGCAAAUCUGAUGAUUGUAUAAUACAAAUACAUUUCAGUAAAUGUGCUCAAUCACAGUUUGGCUGUCAAUUUUAUAUUACUUGGUGUGCUUGGAGGUGCAUGCCAUUCUAUAUUGUGUGCAACACCUUGUGUAUCAUUCCCGAAUCACUGGCAGUUUAGUACAAGUAGGAUAGAUAUUCAGGUUUAUGUAGAAUUAUUUUGUAUCACUGCGAUUUUUUUACAAGUGAUUAAAUCUACACAACUAUAUACAGUUGGGUAUGAAAUUCUUGCCAAAGACAUACCAUUUAACCAGCACUUUGAGCUACCAUGUAAGCGUAAGUUCAGUGAAUGAAUUCCACCCUUUUCCUUCUAUUCAACCUCUGUAUUCUACCCAUAUGUUGCUUCCAGUGUUAACUAAUUGUGAAAAUGCCAAACUUCAAGUAUGAGUUUUCACUUUGACCAAUAAUUUGUAUUAUCAAAGUUAUCAUUUUAUCCAUGUCUGCUUUGGCUAGUCUGUAUUUUGUAGUAUUCUUCUAAGCCUUCUGUAAAAAAAAACUUGUACUCAUUAUGUAAAUGAAUUAUGUUCUAUAAUUCUUUGUAUAGUCCUUUUCCAUUCUUUGAAACACAAUCUAUUAAAAUUAUACUAAGUACAAUAGAUUUUAGUUUCUGCUUUCACUUGUUCAUGGUGUGAGCCAC